AGCCUCACUGUCAUUUAACUUCCUUCCUGCGUUUUGUACAUUAAACAAACAUAUGACUCUGACGCCAACUGUUGAACUACUCCGAGUGACUGUAGCGCCGCGCAAUACAUAGUAUUAAAGCAAAACAUUUAUUGUAAUCGCCAAAAAGAACUCUUGGAAUGAAGCGCGUUGGAAGAGAACCUGAAGUUAUUGUUCGUGAAUAGGACAGACAAGCGUUUGAACGACAGCGUCUGCAACAAGGACGUUUAUCUCAAUCAAAGCGAGGGAAAGGCACAAAAUGUUAUGUUGACUGCGUCUGAGUAACAUGUGUUUCCAGUAUUUGAUCAGCAACUCUGCUAAAGAAGAACCAGUGGUGGAUAUAAUAUGUGAAUGAGGAAAGGAGUCUGGGAUUGUAUUUUUCAGUGCGUGCCAGCUUUCCUUCAGUCCUUCGUAAUGAUGGUUGGCUCUAGUGGCCAAUGGACUAUGGAUGAAUAGACCUAAAUGGGAGCGCAUAAGGACAGAGCCAGCCUGCCACUAUGGCAGCUUAUGCUCUGAACAGCCUGAUAAUGAUGAACCCCAACAACCUGACCAAUAAGGGCAGCCCUCGGACAGGAAGGCCUGUGCUUCCAGUACCUGGUCGUUCUUCAUUUAGCCCAGGCAGCCUUAGCCCUGGGUCUCCAGGAAAAUCCUUUGUCUUCCCGUCAGUUACCAGUCCCAGCAGCCCCAGGGCACAUUCCCCAUGCCGGCCGCCAGAACUGCUGGGUGUGAAUGUGGGUAGUCGUGUGCGCAGGCUGAGUGGGUCCGGCCUGGAAGAAGACCAGGAGAGUGAAGAGCGACGUGCUGCUCAGCAACUGGAGCGACACAAGGAACUGCAGAAUGUGGAGGUGAACAAGAAGGUGGACCUCUUUGAGGCUCACAUAUUGGCCCAAGUGCACAGCACAGAGAAUCAGCGAAGUCCACGGAUUUCGAGGAGACCUGUCCCAGCCAAUCAACUUGCCAAACUCUGCUUGAACCCAGAAGAAACACCCCUAGCUAUGCAGAAUAUGGAUCAUUCAAUGGGGAUUCCCAAAGAACUGCAAAAUGGAAAGCGAUUUUCUGGACCAAAGGAGGGGCUGCAGGUCAGCUGUGAUGAGAAGAAUGGGGCUGACCCAAAUAUAGAAGAGGGCAUCCCACAUAAGAGUACAUCAGCAGGAACUAAGAGCGAAACAUACAGCACUACAGACAAUCACUCCAGGACUUCUCGAGAGGUUAGCAGCAACUCAACUGCCAACAAGAGCUCAGCAUCUUGGACCGAGAAAUGUUUGACAAACGACAGAGCUGAUCCAACAGCAACCCAGCGACUGGUUGACUGGGGCAACCUAGAGGUGGCCGCCAUUCCUGCUGUCAUUAUUACGGACCACGGCAUGGAGGUAGGUGGGGAGGGCAAGGAGCCAGAGAUUAGCCCUCAACCUUCAAGAGCUUUAAGGAAGCUCUCCUCCUCAUCCGCCUCCUCUACGGGAUUCUCCUCCUCUUGGGAGGAAUCAGAGGACGAUAUCUCCAGUGACCCUGAGCGUUCCCCAGCCUUCUUGCAGACUCAACAGAAAGCGCAUAAAUCAUGGAAGAAGAUCAAGAACAUGGUGCAAUGGUCACCAUUUCUGAUGUCCUUCAAGAAGUACCCCUGGAUCCAGCUGGCUGGCCAUGCAGGCAACUUUAAGGCAGGGACGAAUGGUCGUAUUCUGAAGAAACACUGCGAGUGUGAGCAGCAAUGCCUCGAAAGGCUAAUGAGAGAUGUGCUGAAGCCUUACGUUCCUGCAUACCAUGGAGAUGUAGAGAAGGAUGGAGAGAAGUACAAUCAGAUGGAGGACUUGCUGGCGGAUUUUGACCUGCCCUGUGUCAUGGACUGCAAGAUGGGUGUCAGGACAUAUUUGGAGGAGGAGUUGACGAAAGCCAGGAAGAAGCCCAGCUUGAGAGCCGACAUGUACCAGAAGAUGAUUGAGGUGGACCCUGAGGCUCCCACGCCCGAAGAGCAUGAACAGAAAGCAGUCACUAAGCCACGCUAUAUGCAGUGGAGAGAAACCAUCAGCUCCACCUCUACACUGGGCUUCCGGAUUGAGGGCAUCAAGAAAGAGGACGGAACAGUAAACAGGGACUUUAAAAAGACAAAGACCCGAGAACAAGUGACCCAGGCCUUCCAAGACUUCAUCAAAGGAAACCAGAACAUUCUGAAUUCUUAUCUGAACCGACUGAUAGAGAUAAGGGGCAUACUGGAAAUUUCACAGUUUUUCAAAACACAUGAGGUGAUUGGCAGUUCUCUACUUUUCGUCCAUGACAAACGGGAGCAUGCAAAAGUGUGGAUGAUAGACUUUGGGAAGACCACUCCAUUGCCAGAAGGGAAGGAGCUGAGCCACAGGGCCACCUGGGUGGAGGGUAACAGGGAAGAUGGCUACCUCUACGGCCUGGACCACGUCAUAGACAUUAUAGCAAACAUGUUAUCUCCUAAACCUCACUAGAAUAAGAGGGCUUGUUCUUCUCUUCCCACCCUCGGGUGGGCUGCCCGCACUACAGUUCAAGACCUUGCUGGGUUACCCUAAAGCUAUCCUAACCGAUCUCCCUUUCUCACCAAAAAGAAAACUGUAAUAUGCCGCAAUGGCCUUUAUUGAGCGUGUAUGUUUGUAAACUUGUAGAUGCUGUACAUAUGUAGUGUAAAAGCCAGUGUUUUAGUUCAGGAGAUUUGUGAAUAGAAUCUUUGCAGCUAGCGCUUUAAUAGACAGGCACAUUUUAAGGUCACACUCCCUUAUUCUUCCUCCUUUUAUACAAGUUGUUUUUUCCAAAAUUCUAGUGUUACGGAAAAGUGUAAAUCACUUCCAGGCAUAUUUUACUGGAAAUCUUCUUAAAAGUAUAGUUGACCCAAAAAUGAAAAUUAUGUUAUGAUUUACCCUCAUGUCGUUCCAAUUGACUUUCUUCUGCGGAAUACAAAAGGAGAUAUUUUUUUAAAUGCUGCAAUCGCUAGUUUCCAUACAAUAGCAGAUGAAUGUGACUCACUUUAAAGCUUUUAAAAGCACCCAAAAGUGUCAUAAAAGUAGUCCAUGCAACUUGUGCGUCAUAUUCCAAGUGAAGGCAUAUAAUUACUGUUGACUCUUGAAUCAAAUUGAAUUGAUUAAGUCAUCUAUCGCAAUCAAAUAUGGCGACACGUCAGUGACAUCAAACCUCAUUGGUUUUAGUGUCAUGGCAUCAUGACGUUUGGUUACGAUAUGCACAAGAUGCUUUGGAGAUGCUGCACGUGUAGCAGAAAAUAUUGUUUAAGAAUUCCACAUCUACAUCAUCUUUUAUUUUAAACAAAUAUCUAAAUUUUAAAUGUAAUAUUUUAACCUAACGACUUUGACACCUACUCUCAGAUCCACCACUUUUUAUUUCAAUGAUUUACAUUUAUAUUUAUAUGUGCAAGGUCCUAACAGUUUGUUUUCAUUUGUUUUAUAGUUUUUACCCUGUUGAGGUAACUUGUAAUUUGUGUUACCAAUUGUGUCAUUUAUACUGAGUGCCUUUACAGUAGUAGAACAAAUGAAAUGAUCCCAUGUGGUGGAUGGUCUUAUGCUGUGCUUUUAUCUGAAACAAAUUCUUCAUAUUGACAUUUCAUGAUUUCAGUCGCCAUUUUUUUUCCAAGUGCCCAAGACAGUUAUUCAAGAUUUUUCUCAGGAAGCGGCUCCCGAUCUAGAGAGAAGCAGAAAGACUUAGUAUCUUUGCGUGUCUGACUGUUAGUCUGUCACUACAAGUUUGUGGUACAGUAUGUUUUCUAGUUACCUGUUGACACAUAGUCACACUCGCAACUGCUAUUUUACUUUACAGAAAUCUGAAAGGGCUGCAAAUGGCAGGUGGUCAGUGGUAAAACAACAACAUUAGACACUGACCGUGCUGACUGAUGUCACUAUUGUGACCAUGCCAAUUUGGUUAAAAUAAGUUUUUAUUUUGAGUUAAAAGAAUAGUUGAAUAAAUGAUUUAUUUCUUCUUUAGUGGAACACAGCGAAAACCAUACAAUGAAAAUGAAUGGCGACUGAGGGUGAAAGUACCUAACAUUCUAGGGAAAGUAUCUAACAUCUCCUUUUGUGUUCCACUGAAGAUAGAAAAUGUACAGAACAUUUUAAGAAUAAGUCGGUGGCCAUUUCCAUUUUUCAUCUUAACUAAUAGAUAUGCUUACCAAAAAUGUAAACCAUUCCAAGCAAGUUCAAACAUUCCUAGUUUUCACGAGAGCCUUAAGAAAUGUUGUUCUUCCUUUUAAAAAAGUGCCUGGGGGCAAUGCUUGAUGCAAUGCCUUUAAAUACUGACUCACCACAAAGAGUGCAUCAUGUUUUAAGAGAGGUGAUUGUUGUUUGCAUGACAAUUUGCCAUGCAAAUCAACCAUCCCUUCAUAUCCCUUCAUAUUGUUGGAGAUAAAACUAAUUUGUUGGUCAGUAUGGAAACUAUGUGCUGACACCAGAAUAAACACAAUCAGUGAAUAAUCAUAGUUGAUUUAGCCCAGAGCAAGGAACACCUAGAGCAGUCCUACAGUUCGGUAUGUCAACACAAUGUAUUCCAAACACACAGUAAAAGGCAAAGGGGUUAAUGAGAGGCCUCAAACCAAAAUGUCACGACACAGGGGUUCCACAUUUUCCCCCAUCCUUUAUUUGUGACAAAGAGAUUUCACUCUUGUUAAAUAAAAUGACCUUUUACAAAUGCUAAAGGAACUGAGAGGACUAAAGGUUAGCGGUUGAUGUGGAAACAUUUCUCAAACUCCUGUCCAACUGUCUUAGUUCCCUAAUCACAGGCUGAUAUAAACUUGUUUCAUUUAUAAAUGUGGCCCGUUUUUUUUUUUAUAUGUCAUGAAACAUUAAGACAUUAAAGCUGCUGUAAGCAGGCCCUAUUUCCUGACACUAAAAUAGGUGUCUUGAGAAAUUACUCUGGUCUCUGUAAACAGCAAAGAAAAAGAAAAAGAAAAACUAACUCAAAUUAAUCUGACCGCGGCCCGCGCGUGUUAGCCAAACAGAAUUCUUUUAGACGGCUUUCGGGCAAUGGCGUGAAUUUGGGGCGGGACUAUCCAUUUGUCGGGCCAAUUAUAUAGACGCGGGAGUGUUUGGUGGUGGUAGUGGAGCAGAACUCGCUUGCAACAGCUUUAAUGAGGAAUACUUUGCACUCUCUAAUCAAAUCAAGGUCACAAGACUCUUAACAAAUGAAUAAAAUGUUGCCUAUUCCAUGUUUGACUAUUAUCGUUCUAAACUAAAUCUUAAGGCCGAUCGUGGAACUCAAGUCACGUAUUUUCUCCACACUGAAGCUAAGACAUGGGAGUAGGACUCCCCCUGCUGUUCUGGUGCUGUAUUACAUUAGAACAAACAAAACUGACCAAGUCCUUCUCUUGCCCGAAACGUUUUAUAUUUCAUGCCGUAUUUGUGUGAGGUCAAACUUCUUGUAGUGUUGUGCGCAAACUAAUAUUUAUACUUUUUUUUUUUUUUUUUUUUUUUUACAUUUUGCACAAGAACACUAAAUGUAGCUGCAUUGUUUUUCUGUGCUUGUUUGAUUGCCUGUAUCUCCCAUACCUUGGUGAGGUACAGUAGUUGUUCACUGUUAUGUAAGCUAAGAUCUAUGCUAUGUAAAAAAAAAAAAAAAAAAAAAAACAAA